AUGUUGACUGAGCUGAUGCGUAUGGAAAAGAUGGCCUCCCCUUUACACCCAGCCGUUCCAACAGCACCCGUCGCCACGGCCGAAUUCGUUACAAAUUCUCUAUCGACACGCUCGCCUGAGUUCGUGUACGAUCCGGAAAAUGGUUGUACAUUCGAGGUCUGCAAAACUCGACUAAUCGUUUCCAAACUCGACGCCGUCACAUAUGCGCGUUUCACGAACCAUAUUCUCCCUAAAAGAGCAUGCGAUGUGCCCUCAACGGACACUGUGGCUGUUCUGAAGGAAUUGUUUGGACAUAAUAUUCUCCGCGACUACACCGGAUUGGUCAAUCAGCGCCAUGCCAUGGCUGAGUUCAAUGACGUCACACCUGAGCAGAUGAAAUACCUCGUAUGGAUAUGUGGACUUGUCGCCCCGCAAGAUGCCGAUGUUCGCGCUCGUGCCCUUCGCAAGAUGGAGGACAACCCUCGAACCACGCUAAAGGAGCUUGCUGCCGAAGUUCAGCACUUUCUCGACAUUCGUCAGGAUGCUACACUCCUCGAACGAUCAAGUGUACCGCACGUCAACGUCGUGGAUUCGCAAAAGAGUCGAAAUCGUGAGCCGCCGUCACCUUGUUUUCGGUGCGGAGCCAAUCACUGGUCCAGAGACUGCACAUUCGUGAACGAGAGAUGCCACGACUGCAGACGCUCUGGACACAAGCGAGGAUUCUGCAAAAAUUUCCCGGGGAAGAAGAUGCGGAAUGCGAAACAAAAGCGGAAAUCUGCCAACACCGUCACUAUAGCUUCGACUCGUGCUGACGUCGCUGUAAACCGCAUCUACCGUAGAGUACAGAUUGAUGGGAAGACAGUACGCAUGCGCCUUGAUACUGGAGCAGACGUAACAUUGCUGAGCACUGCAGACUGGACCGCCAUGGGUCGACCAAAGCUGCAAUCACCUCGUUUGACACUGAACUCUGCCAACAACGAACCGAUCAACGUUCGUGAAUGCUACGAAUGCAACUUCAUCAUUGAUGGUCAUCGAGGAUAUGCAGUCUUCGCUCCUGGACUGGGAUGUUGUACAAAGUCAAAGGCUAAACUCGCCCCGAAGCCUGACUCCAAGCCUGUCUUUCUGAAGUAUCGCCCGGUGCCCUAUAUUGCUAGGCUGAGGAUUUCAACCGAAAUCGAUCGACUUUUGUCUAUACAUGUGCUGGAGCCCGUUGAUCACUCAGAAUGGGCAGCACCCAUCGUCGUCGUUCAGGAGAAAAAUGGAUCGAUCCGCCUCUGCGCAGACUACUCAACCGGACUGAACGAUGCACUGGAACAAAACCACUAUCCGCUCCCAACUCCAGAGGACACUUUCACGAAACUCAACGGAGGACGCUACUUUUCACAGCUCGACUUAGCCGAAGCAUAUCUCCAACUGGAAGUGGCCGACGUCUCAAAGCAGCUACUCACUAUCAACACGCACCGUGGACUGUAUCGCUUCAACCGACUACCAUCUGAAGUGAAACCAGCUCCUUGUAUAUUCCAACAAUGUAUGGAUGCUCUUAUCGCUGGAUUAGAUGGAACUGCCGCCUAUCUCGACGACAUACUGGUUACUGGUAGAACCAUCGGCGAACACAAUGCCCGACUAGAAGUCGUACUCAAAAGGAUUCAAGACUACGGAUUCCGCGUUCGACUCGACAAAUGUGCUUUCCUGCAGACAGAGAUCACUUACUUUGGGUUCGUCAUCAACGCACAAGGACGACGCCCCGAUCCUGGAAACAUCAAAGCUAUCCAGAAGAUGCCCGCUCCGAAGGACAUCAGUCAACUUCGCUCUUUUCUGAGACUCAUCAAUUUCUACUGA